GCCAUUUGAAAAAAAAGUCGAAGACACGUUCGCAUCGCACGUGAACGCCGCAGCGGCUACCUCGCCUCUGACAGGCAGGGCCCACCAGAAGUGGGGGAGGGAGAGGAAGAUAUCCCGUGCCCAGUGCCCUCGCCGUCGCCGACCUACCACACCCGUUUCCGGGAGGAGAGAGAGGGCGGGGGCGAAGGGGAUGGCAAAGCGCCGGCGCCACGAGUUGGCGCCGGUCGUGGAGGAGCUGAUUUCGCCGAUGAACAGCCUGGACGACGGCUGCCUCAUGCACAUCUUCAGCUUCCUGAGCCCAAUCCCAGAUAGGUAUAACACCGCCCUCGUUUGCCACAGAUGGCGCUUCCUUGCAUGCCACCCUCGGCUAUGGCUGCGUGUCGAGAGGCCAAUCAGAGAUGCGAUGGAGCCUGGAGUUUAUCCAGAUCUCGAGGCUGCUGUUUCUGCUGCUAGGCCGGGUGACACCAUUCUUAUUGCGGCUGGUGGUUCCCAUGUUGCAUGUAACAUCCAAAUAAAGAAGCCUAUUUGCAUAAUUGGCGGGGGCGAUCUUCCUGAUGACACUGUAUUGACCUGCUCACGUGGUUUCGACAACGCACUGGAGUUUCUAUCAACAUGCAAGAUUGCAAAUCUGACUAUUAGAGCAGAACUCGGAUGCUGCUUGCUGCAUCGAGGCGGUAGAUUGACCAUCCAGGAGUGUCUGCUGCAGUGCGAGCAAAACCCUUUGGACCACCUGUCCUUCCCAAUAAUCAGCACAGCGAUAGAGUACGAUCCAUUCUCAUCCCUCAAGGAGCAAGGGCACGGAGUAACGGUCGUCCGCACCAGGAUCGAAGGAGGCGCGAGGGCCGUCAGGACGAACGGCACACUCGCGCUGCGCCAUGUGCGGGCCAUCUAUUCCCGCAGCUCUGUUUUCUUCUGGUUCGAAGUAGGAGAGAAAGUAGAAGCGCCUGUACACUAGCAAAAAAACCCGUGUUCGUUCUUGUAUGUCAGUGUUGGUAUCACCCUAGCGUGCGUUUGGUGAACUCGGACGGCUGCCUCGUGUCUGUUGUGAUCUCUUUAUAAUUAUAAUACCCCACUGAUGUUUGAACCAACAAACAAUGGACAUGUUGCUUUUGUUUUUCCUUAAAUUGAGCCAUGGAGUCUGUAGAGUACAGAUUCACAGGUGGCGAUGGCAUUGAUGAAA